UCCUACCACACCAGCUGGUAGUGGUGGUUACCACGAAAAAAAAAAAAAAUCUCACUCUAACCACCACCUUUUAACCCCCAUUCCUCCGCCUAAUUCCCCUCUCCUCUGCAUAUAAAUUCUCCUCAUCACACUCACUGUCCAGAUAAUAGUUCCAACUCUUUCUUUCUCAGUAAAAAAAUGGCAUCAAAAAAGCCAAACCAUGUAGUGGUGAUGGCAUUUCCAUACGGAACACAUGCAAUGCCAUUGUUCAAUCUUGUACGCAGAUUAGCAAUACAAGCACCAACAUUAACGUUUUCAUUCUUCUCAACAUCUAAAUCCAAUCAAUCAGUUUUUGGAACAUCAUCAAAUGAUAACAUACCAAGUAAUAUCAAGUCGUAUGAUGUUGAUGAUGGAGUACCAAAAGAUUUUACAGGACAUCAUAUGGCUGAGAUGAUUUUCUUUCUGAAAUCUAUGGUUGAGAAUUAUAAAAAUGGGAUUCAUUCUGUGUAUGGUGAUGAGAUGAAGAUGAUCAAGUGUUUCAUAUGUGAUUCUUUCAUGUAUUUUGGAAGUGAUAUGGCUGAUGAACUGGGUGUUCCUAUGGUUUCGUUCUGGACCGCUGGUCCUUGUUCUUUAUCCACUCAUUUUUAUACUGAUCUUAUCCGUCAAUCCAUUACUCUGGGGCCUAAUGGACGCGAAGAAGAAAUCAUUGACUUCGUCCCAGGAUUAUCUCUUAUAAGAAUCAGAGACUUGCAAGAAGGUAUUAUUUUCGGAGGCUUGGAAUCAGAAUUCUCAAUUAUGUUGCAUAAAAUGGGAUCAACGUUGCCACGCGCUGCUGCGGUUACCAUGAAUUCCUUUGCGGAACUAGACUUGCCGAUUAUCGAAGAUUUCAAAUGCAAGUUUCAGAAGUGUCUGACAUUAGGUCCAUUUACACUAACUUCUAAAAAUUCAUCUCAUAUUCAUGAUGAUCCCAGUGGGGGUCUUACAUGGUUAGACAAGCAAAGCCCAAAUUCAGUAGCUUAUAUUAGUUUUGGCACAUUGACUACACCACCACCACAUGAACUCGCUGCCUUAGCAGAAGGGUUGGAAGAAAGUGGUGUACCAUUUUUGUGGUCAUUGAAAGACCAUUUGGUUUGCCAAUUGCCUAAUGGAUUCCUUGAAAGGACUAGCAAGACGGGGUUCAUUGUUCCAUGGACGCCGCAACAACGAGUACUUGGGCACCAUGCAGUUGGUGUUUUUGUGACACAUUGUGGAUGGAAUUCAGUGAUGGAAAGCAUAACGGCUGGUGUGCCAAUGAUAUGCCGUCCAUUUUUCGGCGAUCAGAGAAUUAACUGUCGGAUGGUGUCGGACGUUUGGGGGAUAGGUACUAGGAUUAAAGAUGGAGUGUUCACGAAAGACGGAACGAAGGAUUGUUUAGAUAUGAUCUUAUAUGAGGAGAAAUUCAGAGAGAGGAUUGGUGCCCUCAGAAGUCUUGCAAAACAUGCUGUUGGUCUAGAAGGGAGUUCUACCAAGAAUUUCAAUACUCUGGCAGAGAUAGUGGUAAUGCUUGGAUCAAGUCCAAUUUCAUUAUCGAGCUGCAAGAUGGAAGGUGCAUCUCCAGCCUCUCAAUCCCCUGCAGCUGAGUCUACUCAAGUGACAGCUUCUGCAACACCAACACCUCAAUUUGAUGCUACACAAGAAACUCAGCAGGCUACACAUGACCCAGCAGCUGAAACUGAACCAAAGAAGAAGGGAAAAGUGAGGUCGAUAGUAUGGAAUGAUUCUACAAGGCUCAAUGACAAACAAGCUCAAUGUAAGCACUGCAAGAAGAAGUUGCAAGCAGAUAGUCAAGGAAAUGGCACCUCCAACAUGAAGACCCAUUUAGGCACAUGUUGGUAG